CUCUCUCUCCCUCUGCAUGUGUGUGUGAGCCUUCUCUCUCUUUCUUUCUCUGGGUGUGUGUGAGAGAGCCUUCUCUUUCCUUUCCCUCUCCCCCUCUUGGGACAACUGAAGAGCCACCAAGGCUCCUAAGCACACACCAAUAUAAGAAGACACAGAAGCCAUGGCCUUUUGAGAGGGAAAGGAGUGAGAUAUAACAGGACAGGAGAAGACUUUUUGUUUCACAACCUUGCUGCUCUUCUCCUUUCCUAUAGUCCCUGUUCUGCUGCUAUUAGCAGUUGCAGUGCUUCUCACACUAUGAUGGAUUAUGGGCCUCUUGUUGACGUUGAUGAUGAGUAUGGGAAGCUGGUGAUUCGAAUGAACCCUCCAAGGGUCACUGUGGACAACACUUCCAGCAAGAAAGCCACUUUGGUGAAGGUGGACAGUGUUAACAGGCAUGGGAGUUUGCUAGAAGUUGUGCAAGCCUUAACUGAUCUCAACCUCACCAUUAGAAGAGCAUAUAUUUCCUCUGAUGGAGAGUGGUUUAUGGAUGUGUUCCAUGUUGUCGACCAAGAUGGGAAUAAGCUACAUGGUAGCGAAGUCAUCGAUCGAAUUCAACAAUCACUAGGAGCAAAAGCAUUUGAUUUGUGGUUAUUAAGAAGAACGGUAGGUGUCCAAGCCUCUGCGGCGCACACAACGAUCGAAUUGAUCGGCAGAAACCGGCCAGGGCUGCUCUCUGAGGUCUUUGCUGUUCUCACAGACCUCAAGUGCAAUGUGGUGGCUGCAGAGGUCUGGACCCACAACUCAAGAAUGGCAUCAGUGGUAUACAUCACUGAUGAAGCUACUGGAGGAGCAAUUGAUGAUGCUGACCACCUUUCUAAGAUCAAGCUACUUCUUCGCUAUGUGCUGAAAGGAAAUCCAGACAAACGAAGCGCGAAGACUGCCAUCUCCUUAGGGGUGACCCACACUGAGAGGAGGCUGCAUCAGAUGAUGUAUGCCGACCGUGACUAUGAUCGGGGCGAUGUCGAUGAGGAAGAGUCCCCAAGUGAUCGGAGCAAGCUCCUGGUGACCGUCGAGAAUUGCAGCGACAAAGGAUAUUCGGUGGUGAAUGUGAGGUGCAAAGAUCGGCCUAAACUGCUUUUCGACACUGUUUGCACUCUAACUGAUAUGCAGUAUGUUGUAUUCCAUGCAACCUUGAUUGCUGAAGGGCCAGAAGCAUAUCAGGAGUACUACAUUAGGCACCUGGAUGGAUUCCCCAUUAGCUCGGAAGCGGAGCGGCGGCGGCUAAUUCUUUGCUUGGAGGCUGCAAUUAAAAGGAGAAACACAGAGGGUGUGAGACUAGAGCUCUGCUGCGAUGACAGGAUCGGCCUACUCUCCGACGUUACCCGAAUAUUUAGAGAAAAUGGGCUCACAGUCACCUGCGCAGAGGUCUCCACAAGGGGCUCUCAAGCUGUGAAUGUGUUCUAUGUCAUGGAUGCAUCAGGGAAUCCAGUUCAAAGCCAAACAAUUGAGGCUUUAAGGAAUGAAAUAGGGGAGACAAUUCUUCAUGUAAAGGAUGACAUGUAUUCGAAAUCUUCGCCGCAGGAUGGUGGGAAGUUCUCAUUAGGUAACCUUUUCAGGUCCAGAUCGGAGAAAUUCCUCUACAGCUUGGGUUUUAUUAGAUCAGGCUCUUGAGAUCAGGUAACCUUCUGAUUUGCAUGGAAUUCGCAUGUAAAAAUAGCCAAGUUAAGCAUUCAGCAUGUACUAGUUUCCGAACAUAAACUAGUUGAACUUCCUUUCAUCUUGGCUUAGGCCUUGAAUGAAUGCCAAUGGCUCUGUAAGAUUACAAGGGAAAAGAAUUGUUGGAUGCUGUAAAUAGAAUGGAUUCUCUUCCUUGGUCCGGUCCCCUAUCGAUGUGAACACUAAAGGAAAAAAAAAUUCUGAAACUUUUUGUCUAACUAUGCUAUUUUGCAACAUUUCAGAAAACUUCUUCCUUGGCUGACAAA